UUGGAGCCGCAAAUUUUACUAUACCCUAUCGGAAACUGCAAGCGCUUCCGCUCGACCUUCAAAAUGGCAACUUGUGGUAACGCAGGACGAUUGGUCCGGCAUUUUUCAACAACAGCUUUGAAAAAUAAGGCUGUCAAUUUGCCGUUGCGAGUCUACGGACUGGAAGGGCGCUAUGCCACAGCCCUCUAUUCAGCAGCUGUAAAGGAGAAGAAGUUAGACACAGUGGAGAAGGAAGUGAAAGCUUUCCAGAGCAUAGUUAGCAAAGAUGCUAAGUUAGCUGCCUUUUUGAAAGACCCUUCCCUUCAUAGACAGACCAAAGUCAAUGCUAUGAACAAGGUUGUCCAGUCUCAGCAGUACUGCAACAUUACAAAUAACUUCUUUGGUGUGUUGUCUGAGAAUGGUCGUCUCCCGAUGACCGACUCUGUGAUCCAGACAUUCAGCCAGAUCAUGGCGGCACACAGGGGUGAGGUCACAUGCACUGUCACCGUGGCAACACCCCUAGAUGACGCCACCCUGAAGGAGGUAAAAACAGCCCUUAAUGGCUUCCUAAAGCAGGGACAGACACUGCACGUGAAAGUGGAGGUCAACCCUACCAUCAUGGGAGGCAUGACUGUUAAUUUUGGGGACAAGUUUGUGGACAUGUCCACUGCCACCAAGGUGAAGAAGUACACGGCUCUGCUGCAGGAGAAUGCAUAACCAACUACCUGUACAGGACAUGAAAGUGUAGAACAGUUUGGGCAUAAAGUGAGACCAGACAGGGAUAUAUCUUUCUCCAUUUAUUGUUUGGAAUAUAGGCCAUUAUUGAAAGUGUUUUAUAGAGUUGAAAUAACUUUGUUUGAUAUGAAUAAACAUCAAAUUCAAAUAAAUGAUUGUAUAAAUCUUA